UCUCCGGAGGAUUUUCGAUGAUUUGGAGCAACCACGAUUCUCUCCCGGCUUUCAAGUUUCAGCAUCAGAUGAGAGAUUGAGUUGAAAUUGGGGGAAAACGAUUCAAGACGGAGGAGAACAAGACAUGGAAGUGAAGAACAGUGGAACUGUGUGCCUGUCGGAAUCGGUGAACGGAGGCGAAGAUGUGUACAGCUGUAAGGAAUCCGACGUUUCUUCCGCCGAUCAUCUUGUUGUCAUGGUCCACGGUAUUCUCGGAAGUACCACGGAUUGGAAGUUUGCUGCAGAGCAAUUCGUCUUAACACUCCCUGACAAAGUUUUUGUUCACUGUAGUGAACGUAACAUGGCUAUGCUAACAUUGGACGGUGUUGAUGUUAUGGGUGAGAGAUUAGCACAGGAGGUUCUUGAUUUAAUAAAAGAAAAGCCCGGGUUACGGAAGAUUUCUUUUGUUGCGCAUUCUGUUGGAGGGCUUGUCGCUAGAUAUACCAUCGGCAGACUGUAUAGUCCCCCUACAGAUUCCCUCGGAGAAGAAUCAAAGGGAAAUAUUGCUGGUUUGGAACCUAUGAAUUUCGUCACUGUUGCCACACCUCAUCUUGGAUCUAGGGGAAACAAGCAGGUACCAUUUCUUUUUGGAGUUACUGCCUUUGAGAAAGUUGCAGGCCAUGUGAUUCAUUUGAUAUUCAGGAGAACUGGCCGGCACCUUUUCCUAAGGGAUGAUGAUGAAGGGAAACCUCCAUUACUCAGGCGCAUGGUAGAAGAUGAUGGUGAAUUGCUAUUCGUGUCUGCCUUGCGUUCCUUCAAGCGUCGGGUGGCUUAUUCAAAUGUUGCUAAUGAUCAUAUUGUUGGUUGGAGAACUUCAUGCAUAAGGCGAAAUAGUGAACUGCCCAAGUGGGACGAGUCCUUGAACGAAAAAUAUCCCCACAUUGUGUACGAAGAACAGUGCAAAGCAAGUGAUAGUAAUCAUGGCGAUUCCAUUGCAGUGGAAGACGAUUCUCAAGACAAGCUGGAAGAGGAAUUGGUGAUUCUCUUAUCUCGUGUGCCAUGGGAGAAAGUAGACGUCAGCUUCCAUAACAGCAAAAUUAAAUUUGCAGCUCAUAGCAUCAUCCAGGUGAAAGCCCAGAGUGCGCAUUCAGAAGGCGCAGACGUUAUACAACAUAUGAUCGAUCAUUUUCUUGUAUAGGUCUCAGUUUCUGAAGAAAUUCGGAAUGCUCGUUUUUUGGGAGGUAAGCUCCUAUGAUAUACAUAUAUGGUAAUGGGAUGGAGCCAUGUGAGCCAAUCAAAAGGAAGGUGUCAUUUUUUUUUUUGUAAUAUUGUCACUUUUUGAAAUGGAUGGCAACCAUGUCUUCAUCCCACCAAAAUAUCAUCCCCAUGAGAGUUGUCUCAAGGAACCAACUCACCCAAAAGCCAAGAUACGUUAUAUACUCUAAUAUAUAGGGGUUGGUUUCCGUGAGAAUAUCCCUAAUGUGAGAAUAUGAAAAUAGUGCAUUUUCAAGCCGUCGUGAUGCAUUUUACACGUGUAGUAGUGCAUUU